AUGCCAUCAAAUACGGGUGCUCCUUCACUGAAACAGCAGCUCAUGGGUAUGCUUGAGCCCGGACAGCUCAUGCUCUGGUCUUUAUCCCGUAAGUUUAAUUCGGAGCAAGCAAGCUACGACUAUCUCGGUUUUGCUACAGAUUACCUCCGCGUCUGCAAAGAAGCCGUUAUCAAUGGCGAAAUCUUUGCGCCUAUUUUCCAGAUUUCUAAGCUGAGAGAUGUGGCUUUUGGAAGAUUCUGGGUUGAAUUCAGUAGCAAUAGACCCUCCGAACUAACCGGGAGCUCAGCAUUAAUCCCCCCACUCCUCAGCACAUCCACCGGAAUAGUCCUCGACAUAGGCCCCGGCGCAGGCUCCCAAAUGCACCUCCUCCGCUCAAAAGAAAUAACCUCAAUCUACGGCCCAGAACCCUGUACAACUCUCCACCCCACCCUCCGCACCACAGCCAUAAACGAGGGCAUCUCGGAAAAAUACCACAUCUUACCCUCCGGCGUCUCGGCAAAGGAUCUUCUUCCCGCUCUCCGUAAAACAGGAACUGGCGUCACGGAUGCGUACGAGAAAGAUACCAAAAACGGGAUAUUCGAUACGAUUCUCUGUGUAAGGGUUCUUUGUUCUGUGCCUGAGCUGGAGAAAACGACGAAGGAACUUUAUGCUUUGUUGAAGCCUGGUGGGAGGUUGUUGGUCACGGAGCAUGUGGUUAAUAGGCCUUUUGAUGGGAAUGGGAAGGGGAGUGUAAUUGGGCGGUUGACGCAGUUUAUUUGGAUGUGGGUUGGUUGGAAGUUUCUUUUGGGGGAUUGCUGUUUGGAUCGGGAUACGGAGGGGGCGUUGAGGGGGGCGGCGGGGGUUGAGGGGUGGGAGAGUUUUGAUAUUGAGAGGUCGGCGGAGUGGUCUGCUAUGCCUUAUAUUUCUGGGACUUUGGUUAAGAAGAGUUUGUAG